AUGACACAGUGGUAUCAGUUGCAGCAACUCGAUUCCAAAUUCUUGGAACAAGUACAUCAGCUGUACGAUGACAGCUUUCCUAUGGAAAUCAGACAGUAUCUGGCACAAUGGCUGGAAAACCAAGACUGGGAGCAUGCAGCCAACAACGUUUCAUUUGCUACUGUGCUGUUCCAUGAUCUCCUGUCACAGCUAGAUGAUCAGUUUAGUCGUUUUCUGAUAGAGAACAACUUUUUGCUGCAACACAACAUAAGGAAAAGCAAACGUAAUCUUCAGGAUAAUUUUCAAGAAGAUCCAAUACACAUGGCAAUGAUAAUCUACAACUGCCUGAAGGAAGAAAGGAAAAUAUUGAGCAGUGCCCAGUCAUCAGACCAGAGGCAGGUGGGAAACAUACCUAAUACUGUAAUGCUAGACAAACAGAAGGAGCUUGACAGAAAAGUUAAGAGUGUAAAGAACAAUGUGGUGGAAGUAGAACAAGACAUCAAGACCCUAGAAGAUGUGCAAGAUGAAUAUGACUUCAAAUGCAAAACUUUACAGAACAGAGAACAUGAACCCAAUGGUGUGGCGCAAGAUGAAUAUAAAAAAGAACAACUUGUCCUCCAGAAGAUGUUUUUAACACUCGACUUUAAGAGAAAGGAAGUGGUGAACAAAAUAAUCAAUCUGUUGAACAUAACAGAGCAUACACAAAGUGCCUUGAUUAAUGAAGAACUGGUGGAGUGGAAGCGUAGACAGCAAAUUGCUUGUAUCGGGGGUCCUCCCAAUGCCUGUCUCGACCAGUUGCAGAAUUGGUUCACCAUUGUUGCUGAGAGUCUUCAGCAAGUUCGCCAGCAGCUUAAAAAACUUGAGGAACUGGAGCAGAAGUUUACUUACGAACCAGAUCCCAUCACAAAAAACAAACAAGUCCUGCAGGACCGAACUCACAGUCUUUUCAGACAACUCAUUCAGAGUUCUUUUGUGGUAGAACGACAGCCUUGCAUGCCAACUCAUCCGCAGAGGCCAUUAGUCCUGAAGACUGGAGUACAAUUUACAGUAAAACUGAGACUGCUGGUGAAACUACAGGAGUUGAAUUAUAAUUUGAAAGUGAAAGUCUUAUUUGAUAAAGAUGUGAAUGAGAAGAACACAGUGAAAGGAUUCAGAAAAUUUAACAUUUUGGGAACAAAUACAAAAGUAAUGAACAUGGAAGAAUCUACCAAUGGAAGUCUAGCAGCAGAAUUCAGACAUUUGCAAUUAAAAGAACAAAAAAAUGCAGGAAACAGAACUAAUGAGGGGCCUCUCAUUGUAACAGAAGAACUUCAUUCUCUGAGCUUUGAGACUCAGCUAUGUCAGCCUGGAUUGGUAGUAGAUCUAGAGACCGCAUCCCUUCCUAUUGUUGUGAUUUCAAACGUGAGCCAGCUUCCAAGUGGAUGGGCUUCUAUUUUGUGGUACAACAUGCUGACUAGUGAAACCAAGACCUUGUCCUUCUUUCUGAAUCCAGCUUGUGCAAGAUGGUCUCAGCUUUCUGAAGUUCUGAGUUGGCAGUUUUCAUCUGUAACAAAACGGGGACUUAAUGCAGAUCAGUUGAGCAUGCUGGGGGAGAAACUACUUGGUCCAACAAGUGGAAGCUCCCUUGAUGGCUACAUUCCUUGGACCAAAUUUUGCAAGGAAAAUAUAAGCGAUAAAAAUUUUCCCUUCUGGUUGUGGAUUGAGGGAAUCCUUGAACUUAUUAAGAAGCACCUUCUCUGCCUCUGGAACGAUGGCUGCAUCAUGGGCUUUAUCAGUAAGGAAAGGGAGCGUGCACUGUUAAAGGACCAGAGGCCAGGGACAUUUUUACUGAGAUUUAGUGAAAGUAGCAGAGAAGGAGCUAUCACUUUUACAUGGGUAGAAGGAUCCCCAAAUGAACCUCAGUUCCAUUCAGUAGAACCUUAUACCAAGAAGGAGCUCUCAGCUGUUACAUUUCCUGAUAUAAUUCGCAAUUACAAAGUGAUGGCAGCUGAAAACAUUCCUGAAAAUCCACUGAGAUUUCUCUACCCAAAUAUUCCCAAAGACAACGCCUUUGGGAAAUACUAUUCCAGACCCAAGGAGACCUCAGAGCCUAUGGAUUUGGAUGGCCCCAGAGGACAUGGAUACAUAAAGACUGAAUUAAUUUCUGUUUCUGAAGUUCACCCUUCCCGACUCCAGACAACAGAAAACCUCUUACCCAUGUCUCCGGAGGAAUUUGAUGAGGUCUCUCGAAUUGUGAGCCCUGCAGAAAUUGACACUGUGAUGUGUUCAGCAUAUUCAGCUUAGAAGUUAUGGGCCUCUCUAUAGCUGUGGGCACCAAAAUGGCCCCACAAUAGGCCAGCCUUUUUAUGUGCCACUUGGAAGAAGAAUUCCUCAAGAACUCCACCAUCAAACCCUUAUUAUACUUAAGAUAUAUCGAUGAUAUCUUCAUCAUUUGGACUCAAAACCGACAAUCUCUCAUUGUUGAAUUUCUGAUGGAAC